AUGGCCAACGCAGGUAUAGGUAACACCGAAUUAAGCGGUGCUGCCGCCCUAACAGUCCGACAAUCCAUCUACCCCAUCACCCUCGUCACCAUGCUCUUCUUCCUCUGGGGAUUCGCAUACGGUCUCUUAGAUGUUCUGAACGCUAAAUUCCAAACCGCACUCAAUAUUACUGCCGCCGAAGCAGGAGGACUCCAAGGCGCCUACUUCGGAGCUUAUUUUAUCGGGCCCCUGACGUAUUCCGGAUGGCUCGUUCGAAGAUUCGGUUAUAGAUGGACAUUUAUCGUUGGUCUCUGCAUAUAUGGUGUAGGAGCAUUGAUGUUCUGGCCUUCAGCCGUCUAUAGAUCAUUCCCUGGCUUCUGUGGAAGUUUAUUUAUAGUCGGAUCGGGACUUAGCACGCUUGAAACAUCUGCAAAUCCAUUCAUCGCUACCUGUGGACCUCCACGACUUUCAGAAUUCCGUCUUGAACUCUCGCAGGCUUUUCAAGCGGUUGGUUCUGUCGUUGCUCCACUUCUUGCUUCGAGAGUCUUCUUCAAAGAAGGUGAUGGACAAGAUCUAUCCAAAGUCCAAUGGACAUAUCUCGGCAUCGCCGCAUUUGUCUUCCUCCUCGCCGUCGUGUUCUUCUUUAGCAAACUCCCCGAAGUCACAGAUGCAGAUAUGGCAUUACAGAGUGAACAAUCUGCCGGUCUUACAGGAUAUGAAGAAAAACCCAUGCGGAGACAAUACAAACUUAUCUUUGGUGUUGCGGCUCAAUUCUGCUAUGUGGGUGCUCAAGUAGGUGUCGCGGCAAACUUUAUCAGAUAUGCUGAGGAAAGCGCGGGUCUUAGUCAAGCCGCUGCUACGGAUAGAUUUGCCAUUGCUCAGGGUCUUUUUGCAAUUGGUAGAUUUGCUGCGGCGGGUUUGAUGAUGAUUACUAAACCUCGUUAUGUACUCAUGAUAUUCAUGACUGCUAUUAUGUUAUUCAUAUCUGUUUCUAUUGGUGUUAAAGGAGAAGCUGGUGUGGCUAUGUUAUCUCUCGUUCUUUUCUUCGAAUCCUGCAUCUUCCCCACCAUUUUCGCCCUCUCAAUCCGCGGUCUCGGUCGCCACACUAAACGUGGAUCUUCCUGGAUCGUUGCCGCCGUCUCUGGCGGUGCUCUUUUCCCUUCUCUCACGGGUCUUCUCGCCGAUAAAAAAGGUUAUCAUAUCUCUAUGACCGUUCCACUUAUUGGUUUCUUUGUCGCGUUUGCAUUUCCCAUUUACCUGAAUACCGUUUGUGCAAAGGAAUUAGAUGGUUUCAACGAGACGAAGAUUGGAUACGAGGGAGCGGAUUUGGCGGCUGAGAAGAGAGAAGGUAGUGUGGUUUGGGAGGAGAAAGGUGCAACUGGUUCUGAUGCGCAUCAUUUGGAGUUAGAGAAUAGUGAGUCUAGAAGGAGAUGA